CGAGAAAGGGAGAUCACUAGAGUCUUUCUGGUAGUAUCUGGCAAGCGCGACUUCAUGAUGCGGCAAAGUAGCGCGCAUUUUGAAAAUAUACUGCGCGUAAGCGCAGGAAUUCACCAUUGGUUAGUUUACCAACUCUCGAAAGUUUGUAGUAAAAACGGGUUAAACGAUUCCGAAACUCCAUAGAAACUCCACGUAUUAUUCGGAUUAUUUCGAGUUAGUGCGAACGGUGCACUUAGCCAAUUCUCGAUGGGUGGACAACUGUGAUGGGGACGCUUCUGUUGCAGGAAGAGAGAGCACAUUGUCUAACUACGUUCCUCUCCCUCGCCCUCAUUGGGGGACAUUAUCGGGCGUUACGGCACUCUUUCAGCGCCGAUGCAUUCUCCAUGUGCAUACAUAUUAUUAUUUCAUUCCUCGACGUAUUCAAUAACAUGGGUAUAGUGGCUAUGUUUGACAGUUUCGAAUAUGUAUUAUCAUAGCGAAUAUAAGUUGUAUCAGUAUAAGACAUCUAUUCGAAUGUGUGCGUUGUGUGAUGAACACUGAUUUGUUACGUACUGGCAUCAUAUUGGACCGACGACUGAUUUCGGACUGAUUUACGAUUUACUAAGCCGUAGAUAACCCAUACACGACCUAGGUACACGACUGGUCGAAGUAAUUGACGAAAAUGCUGGGGCGAAAAAAAAUCGAGGAGUUAGAAGUGUGUGUGAAAUUGGACGAACCUUUAACUAGUGACUCGUGUUGCAAAUUAAUUUUGGAGCUGGUCAAAUAUCUGUUGUAUCAAAAGCAACAGAUUCCGGUGAGCUACGAGUAUUUACUGCGACUGGGAGCUUCGUCGGUAGGAGUCAACGACAGGAGUUUGGCAACGGCGAGAGCAACAUUGAGUUGCCUGGAGAAUAUUUCGGAACAUUUAAAUACCGAAUUAUGUUGCGAGAGUUCAGCGGUAAAGGAAAUCUUUAUAUCAAUGGGCGCGACAAUACUUGCUCCAAAAUUCUGCCUUCGAGUGAGCCUUCCCCCAGAAAUACUCAGUGGACAGUGCCAUUUCAAACAGCAGCAUUCCCCUCGUAAGCCGCUAUUGAACCUCAUGAGAUCCAUAACGGAGAGCGUAGAUUUUCAAGAGGCUAUGGCGUUGCCUUUGAUGCCCACGAAUACGUUUUUCCUCUUGCAAAAGAGAGAUUGCAACAAGGUGUCGGAAUUCUUUCUGCCUAAACCACGUUACGCGAUAACUAAUGCGACGGCAGGAAGUCGUUUACACCUAAAGCUGUCCCAUAAAAGUCAAGAAAUGCGGAAUUGCAAUUGCAAGAAUACAGUAAGCGUAUAUCGAGAUCGAGAUGCUUCGUAUUCGGAAUUGGCACCUAGUCAGAACACAGACGGACACCACAGUACUGAAAAAAUAUUUGAAGGGGGCCAAGACAGUAUUUACCAAUGGUAUCAGUCCAGAGACAUUAUCAAAGGCUUCAAGUUUUCUCGGUGAUGCAAUCAUUGUUUUUUGUUCACCCUUCUGGCAAAACUUUAUUGUUUAUUAUAUCAUCCAGGCUGAUAAAUGAUUAGCCGAUUAUUUAGUUCGUAUAAUUGAUGAAAUGGUUAUAACCUUGAGCAUCAGAUGUCGAUUUUUAUGGACAAUCGCUGAGCACUUUCUCAGUUGUGUAAUGUUUUAUAUCUAUUAAGCCGUAAUAUGUAAAUACGCAAUUGAAUAUAUCCAGUCUUGCUGCAAAUGAAUUUAAAAAGCCAAUCGAAAA